GGAGCCAAUCAAAGAAGAAACAUUUCAAAUGAAAACUUGUUGACGAAAAACUAUUUUAAAGUAUACUACCUUCAAAUUCACCUCAAAACUUGCUGAUAUCAAGAGUAAACACAUGGAUUCUAUGCAAAUGGAGGAUGAGAAGAGUAUACCAUUAUCUAAUUUUGGGAACAAGGUGCCCAAAGCUCUAUCAACACUGUAUCUAUUGUUCACAUUUUGUAUGCAAAUAGAUCUGAUUGUUUCUAUGAAGAUACAGUGGAAGGAUUUCAUGUUGAGAAUUCUCUCAAUAAAGGAAUUCAAUACAACACUAUUUGCAAUGUUUGGCUAUUUAUCGAUGAAUUUCGAGGUGGCACAUCUGGAUAGAAUGAUUGAUAUGCAUUUUAGACGAAUGAAAAACAUGCAAGGAAAUAAAAUAAUAGAGACCAGAGAUUUGAGGAAAAGAGGUUUUGAAAGGAUCGCAUCUCGCAUUUUCAUGACAAUUUUUUUAAGUGCCUCAAUUUUACCCUACUUUCAAGGAGUGUUGUUGGCUGUCAAAAAUGGUACAAAGGACCUCAACUUCGAGAAGCUUCCUUACAUAAUCUACACUCACUAUCCAGAUACUAUGAGGACGGUUCCCAUCUAUUUGACUAUACUAACAACCCAGUUUUUGUGGUAUGGAUUGAUGCUAAUACAGUGGUAUCGAUUGUAUAAGAGCUAUUUUGUCUCUGCACUAUGUUUGAUAACUGAAAUGGAGCUCCUAGUGGUGGCAUUGAAUGACUUGGAUGAAAAGGAUAAAAAUACAAACGGAAAUGUGAAUUUUAACAAAAUAGAGAAAACAAGCAAUAAUUCACUUGACAAAUACAUGGCUGCGUUGGUAAAAGAACAUCAUAUAAUUUGCAGAGGAUUGAAGACGCUGAAUACUGGAGCAAGCUGCAUGAACCUGGGAUUCUACAAUGUGUUCGCGUUACAAAUGUGUCUCUAUAUUCUGUUUGUUAUUGAGAUGGAUGAAAUGGUGGCUAGGAUAAAAUAUACAGUGACAGGAAUAAUAGUAUUUUCAAUAAGCAUAUCUGGAAGUAAAAUAGGACAGGACGUGGCAGACCAGGGAGAGAGAUUAAGACUUGCAAUGUACCAGAGUGAGUGGAUAGACAAACCAGUUUGGUUACAAAAGUUUAUUCUACUAAUGAUAACAAGGGCUUCUCGCAAUAUGGAAAUGAAACCCUAUGGAUUGUACGUUCUGAAUAUGUCAUCAGUAACAAAUGUGGUUAAAGGUACUUACACUUAUUUUAAUCUGGUGACAAAUCUAAGAGUAUGAACUCUGCCAAACUAUUAGUGACAAUUGAGGAGCUGGGUAGAAAAACGACCUGAGGCCACUCGUGUCGUUUUUCCGCAACACGCUUCAUUCUAUCCGCCAUUAAAUUCUGAACAGAUUGGUACAUAAAAUUUUGUUGUAUCUUGAAA